AUCGAACUCGUCUUUCCUCAUCUAGUUACACAAAUGGCUACUGGUAAGAACAAGCGCCUUGGUAAGCGCGGUAAGCGCGGAAAGGUUCAGGAGGCGAUGGCUCGCAAGGAGUGGUACGACGUCGUGGCGCCUGCCAACUUCAGCACCCGCCAGUUUGCCAAGACCAUCUGCAAUAAGACCCUGGGCACCCGCAUCGCCGCCGACUCGCUGCGUGGCCGCGUCUACGAGGUGAACCUCAAGGACAUCAACCAGACGGACAACCAGGACGAUGCCUACCGCAAGAUCCGUUUUGGUGUGCAGGAGGUGCAGGGUCGCAACCUGCUGACGCGCUUUCAUUCCAUGCAAAUGACGACCGACCGCAUGAGCAGCCUCAUGCGGAAGUGGUGCACGACGAUGGAGUCCGUGGUCGAGGCGCGCACGGCGGACGGCUACAUGUUGCGGCUGUUCGUGGUGUCCUUCACCAAGAAGCAGAACAACCAGCUCUCCCGCAACUGCUACGCCAAGCAGCGCCUGGUGAAGUGGAUUCGCCACCGCAUCACAACGAUGACGGUGCGCUGGCUCGCCAAGGUGAACAUCAACCAGGCGGUAAUGCUGCUGACGACCAACACCCUCACGGACAAGCUGAGCAAGCGCUGCAACCCUAUUGUCCCGAUCCGAGACCUGCGCAUCCGCAAGGUGAAGGUGGUGCGUGUGCCCAAGUUCGACGCUCAGGCGUUGCUGGCCGCCCACGGUGAAAUUCCCGCGUCGAUCGAAAGCGAAGCCCGCGAAGUGGAGGUCGCUGAAGCCGCCGCACCCGUCGCGUCCGCCUAAAAAACCUUUUCUGCGUCAAGUACUCUUUGAUUCGCAUUCGUUUGUUCAUGAUAUGUCAUUUUAUUUUAUUUUAUAAUUAAA